UAUAUAUAAUAUUAUAUACAGUAUAUAUGUAUUUUUUUCUAUUCAGGACGGCUGCGAGGGGCAGUUAACCCUUUGUGCGCCACGCCCCGUUUGGUAGCUAAUAGUAAUUUCGCACGCCGUCUCGUCGUUCCUCCGCUCGAACCCUCGGCCGGUGUGUACUGCGUUGUAUACCUGCGCUCUCCUGGCGAUUGCUGCCGCGGUGUGUCGAGGUGAUACGCAGCCUCAGACAGUGUGUGUGUGUGUGUGAGAAGCGGUGUUGGUAAACAAAAAGCGAAAAAGGAAAGGCCUCGGGGUCGCUCUCGAUCUGCGCCCGCCAGGCUGUACCUGUACCUACCUGUACCUUUCCUCGUGGCAGACUCACACUGUAGUGUGCUGGAUUUUAUCGUUGCCGUGCGUGCGCGAGGAGGAAGCGCUCGGGCUCCGCUUCACCAGGCAGUGCUGUGAGUGAGCUGCGCUCCCGCAUCGGCCGUACGUCGCACUCGCACCUCCCUCUCUCCCCUCCGCGGGGGGUGUUUCUGCUUUGCCCCCUCCCUCCCCUUUCUCUCUGUCUCUCUCUCUCCCUGUCGCACUCCACCUUUCCGCUGCCCGCGAGACGCGGCGGCACGCCAUGAGUGGGCCGCGCGUGGACGCCAAGGUGGUCAUGCUGGGCAAGGAGAGCGUGGGGAAGACCAGCCUCGUGGAGCGAUACGUGCACCAGCGCUUCCUUGUGGGACCCUACCAGAACACUAUCGGAGCCGCUUUCGUUGCCAAAUCGGUCCAAGUGAGAGACAAGGUAGUGACCCUUGGAAUAUGGGAUACCGCUGGAUCAGAGCGUUACGAGGCCAUGAGCCGCAUCUACUACCGAGGAGCCAAAGCUGCCAUUGUUUGCUACGAUUUGACUGACAGCAGCAGCUUUCUGCGGGCCAAGUUUUGGGUGAAGGAGUUGCAGAAUUGUGAAGAACACUGCAAGAUAUACUUAUGUGGCACGAAGACUGACCUCAUCGAAGCCGAUCGAAGCGCUCGACAAGUAGACUACCACGACGUGCAAGACUUCGCUGAUGAGAUAAAGGCGCAGUAUUUUGAAACCUCCAGCAAAACAGGUCGCAGCGUGGAGGAUCUCUUCCGGAAGGUGGCGGCGGACUAUAUCAGCACUACGUUUGAGGUCAUGUCAGAGGAGAGGGGGGUGAACCUGGAGCAGAAGAAGGACCCUUUCUUCUACUCCUGCUGCCACAACUGAGCGCUGGAUGCAUGGAGCUGCCCGUUUGCUUUCCUUCACGUUGCAGCGGCGAAUCGGUGGAGCAGGCCGUCGGGAAACCUGGGAGUAAAAACUGCGAAGAACAUUUUCAUAAGCGGAAGCUUAGGAGUGCAAGGAAACUAUAUUUAUCGCCCAAAACAAGAUGUUUAAUUUUUAGUGAUGCUACGCUUCCUUGUCGUCUGCUCUCAUGGCGAAUGGGGAAACUGCGAAAACUUGCUUUUAUUUGCAUUGUUUUGCCGAAUUAUAGCUGGGUAUUUCCGCAAAGAAGCGCGUUCCACGAUUUAGCGAAAUGCAGCGUGUAAAUUAAUUUAAUGCUUCCUCCUCCAAAUAUGAAGUUCAAAAUGUCAUGUGCCAAGAAUACUUUUCACGCAGUUAUAUCCACUUACGGUGUUUUUUAUGCCAUAAGGUCAAUGCACCAAAGCAGUCUUUAAAAUCACAAUGUUCGUCAUAGGAUGUAAUUUAGUUUGAUGCUCGUUGGGAACUUUUUUUGUCUUGAUGUCACUCAGACCUCCAUAGAAUGCAGUGCUGAUGGAAUCUGUAAUAUGUGAUGGAGCCAGUAGCGGCAACUGAAUGUGUUCAUGUUUACAGUGUGAAAAUGUCAGCCGGAGCCCUACGUCUCGGUCUUUACGGAACGGUCUGGGAGACUGCGGGACAAAGACACCUUUCCCACAGGGACGUCCUGACCCGGGAACUGGUCGGUUGAACGUUCAGGUUGCGUUUGGACCAUCAAGCCUUAUUUUGCCCACAUGGUGCCUGCAGGCACAUCCCACAGAACAACACAUGAUGCAUCCUGGAGCUUUUAUUCGAACAUUCUUGGAACCACCCCACCCCCCACUUAUCCCCCAGUCAGUAAAGGGAUGGGGAAAUGAGCACAACCCAACAGCUGAGGUUCUGCCACUCUGGGGGAUCUUGGGGACAUGGUGUGGGGACACGCUGCCCAGAUUAGAUAUGUGCAAGUGGGGUGUCAGUUCUCAUCUUUCCUGACAAUAUGUCUUCAUGAGAAAUAAUAAAAGGUGGUUGG